CGAACGUCUUCCUUUGAGAAACACCCCCAGCCAUGAUCCCCCUAGUCCUGUCGCUGUCUGCGCUGCUGGUGGCGCUGUGCGGCGCUGACAAGCUGCCGCUGGAGGCGCGGGGGAGUGUCCUGGCCGACGGCUACCUGCCUCCUCCGAGAGAGUACCUGCCGCCGCCGAGGGAGUAUCUACCGCCGCCGGGACGCACUGGAGAGCUCUCACUGCCAUCAGGAGGGCCGGAGGGACUCUCCCCGCCAUCAGGAGGGCCGGAGGGGCUGUCACCGCCCUCGACUGGCGAGCUGGGGCUCUCUUUGCCCUCUACUGGAGCGCUGGGGCUCUCUCUGCCCUCGGUGGGUGCGACGGGACCUGACGCCGACCUCGGGGAGGUCAUCACCUCGUCAUCUGCAGGAUCGCUGCUCUCACUGGGAGAGAGGGGACCGCCGCCGAAGGCGACAGGACCCGACACGGACCUCGCAGUGGUUCUGGAGCCGGGCUCGGCCCACCCCGGCUUCUGUCCGCGCCGCCAGCUCACCCGCUCCUGUCUGCUCGUAAAGGCCGCGCCCAAAGAGUGCUUCGCAGACGUCGACUGCAGCCCCCAGGAGAAAUGCUGCGCGCUGGACUGCGGACUGCAAUGUGUGAAUGCCGUAGUGCGGCCGUCGUCGUGUGAUCAGAUCGUCUGCGCCCGGCCGGGGGAGGAGUGCGUCGACCUGGAGACGGGGCCAACCUGCAUCGGCCACUCAAAGUCGGGCCAGUGCCCGUUCCACGGCCAGUUCUGCUCCAACCGGAUCCUCGUCUGUCGCCAGGACACAGACUGCGAGGGCGACAAGCUGUGCUGCAACCUGGGCUGCCACCGGCUCUGCGUCGACCCCGCGUCCACGGAGCAGCACCUGGGCUUCUGCCCGGAGGCGGUGGCGCGGCCGCCCACCCGCUGUGGAUUCCAGUGUCAGGUGGAUGACGACUGUUCGCCAGAGCUGAAGUGCUGUGAUAACGCCUGCGGCAAGGUGUGCCAGCCAGGCGGUAAGCAGAUACCGAUCCCUUACCGGCAGCGGGGUAAUGGGGCUGUAUAG